AUGGCGGACAAGCUCCAGUUGGUUCUGGAGGAGAUGACAGAGACAAGAGACAAGUUGGAGAAUGUCAACGAUUGCCUGAUGUUAGUGGAGGAGCAGCUGGAAGCUGCCUCAACUAAGGACAUCUACAACCGCGUGAGCAAACAGAAAGAGUUGCUGAUUCGGCAAAAGGAAAACUUAACGGAAGACCUCCUGCGGCAAGUGGAGGACCUCCUGUGGAAAAAGGAGAACCUCCUGACCGAGCAGCCUAUCCGCAGUCCAUACGGCCAUGCAGCACCCUCGGUAGAGCGGUUUUGGGCAAGGUUAGCCAUCUCCACGGAGGGUGAUGAGGUUCUGUGGCUUGCACCUGGGCACUAA